AUGGCUGCCGCAAAGCUAAAAGGUAAGAAGGAAGUGGACAGUUCUAGUCGUGGAAAAUCAAGUAAAAGUCCCAGUGGAAUUGAUCUUGAUGACUCGUAUCUGCCUGUGGUGAAGUCUAACUCCACCAUUGAUGCGAGCGAUGAAAAGUGGUACAAGUUGACCUCGUUGGUUCUUACUGCUUUGGCAUUUGCGACCAGAUUUUACUCGAUUAAUUACCCCAACGAAGUUGUUUUUGAUGAAGUGCAUUUUGGCAAAUUUGCCAGUUACUACAUUCAGAGGACCUACUUCUUUGAUCUCCACCCUCCUUUCGCGAAACUGUUAAUCGCGUUUGUCGGUUAUAUUGUCGGGUUUAAGGGAGAUUUUAAAUUCGACAAUAUUGGAGAUAGCUAUAUUGAAAACUCGGUGCCUUAUAUUCCUCUGAGAGCUUUGUCUGCUAUUCUGGGCACUUUAACUGUGCCCAUAGUGUUUGCUACCAUGAAGGAAAGCGGAUACAGUGUUCCUACUGCUGCAUUUGCUGCCCUUUUGAUUUUAUUUGACACUGCUCAUGUUGCUGAGACCAGACUCAUUCUUCUGGACGCUACGCUGAUCAUUUCGGUUGCCGCAUCCAUCCUGUGCUAUGUCAGAUUCACCAAGCAGAGAGAUUCGCCUUUCUCCAAAUUGUGGUGGAAAUGGCUUCUGCUGACUGGUGUAUCGUUGUCUUGUGUCAUUUCCACCAAAUAUGUCGGUGUUUUCACGUAUCUGACAAUUGGUGUUGGUGUUUUGUUCGACCUCUGGCAAUUGCUAGAUGUGAAAAAGGGACUCAGUAUGCGCCUUUUCUUCAGACACUUUAUUGCCAGACUCUAUUCUUUGAUUGUUUUGCCAUUCUUCAUCUAUCUGGGCUGGUUCUACAUCCAUUUUGCGAUCCUGACCAAGUCUGGACCUGGUGAUGGGUUCAUGACCUCCGAGUUUCAGGAGACUCUGGGUGAUUCACCUUUGGCUAGAGAGGCCAGACAGGUGAACUACCAUGAUAUCAUCACCAUUAAACACAAGGAUACCCAAUGUUUUCUCCACUCGCACCCUUAUCAGUAUCCUUUGCGUUACGAUGACGGCAGAGUGUCGUCUCAGGGCCAACAAGUUACCUGCCACACCGUUGAUGACGAGAACAAUCAAUGGGAGAUUGUUCCUCCAGUCAUUCCUGACGAGAACAACAAACUGGGCCGUCCUGUUCUUCAGGGAGAUGUCAUCAGAUUAAGACAUUUGGGCACUAACGGUUAUUUGCUGGCUCACGAUGUGGCUUCUCCAUUAUUUCCAACCAACGAGGAGUUCACGGUGAUUGACUUGGAACAGGCUCAAGCAGGCAGGUUUAACGACACUCUUUUUAGACUGGACCCCUAUGACAAGAAGAAGUCAAAUGUCUUGCACACCAAGUCUUCGGUGGUCAAGUUCCUCCAUGUCCCCACCGUUGUUGCUAUGUGGACCCAUGAUGACGAGCUUUUGCCAGAUUGGGCUUUCAACCAGCAGGAAGUGAACGGUAACAAGAAAGUUCAGGACAAUGACAACUAUUGGUACGUAGAUCAGAUCGUUGGUUUGAACGAUGCCAGAAGUAUUUAUGUCCCAAAGACGGUGAAAAAGAUGCCUUUCUUAAAGAAAUGGUGGGAGCUCCAGGGAACCAUGUUUGAGCAGAACAACAAGUUGACCAGCGAGCAUCCCUUUGCCUCUGACCCCAUUACGUGGCCGGUUACUCUGGGAGGUGUCUCUUUCUGGACCAAGAACGAUACCAGGGAACAGAUCUACUUCAUCGGUAAUAUCUUUGGAUGGUGGUUGGAGAUAGCACUCAUAUUUUGUUAUGUGGCAUUACUUUUGGCCGAUCAGCUUUCCCGCAGAAGAGCAGUCUAUAUUCUCAAUGACAAGGCUAGAGCCAGACUCUACCAUAACCUUGGAUUCUUGUUUAUUGGUUGGUGUUGCCAUUACUUACCAUUCUUCUUGAUGAGCAGACAGAAGUUUCUACACCACUACUUGCCAGCGCAUUUGAUUGCUGCUCUGUUUAGUGCUGGUCUGUUGGAGUUCAUUUUCUCUGACAACAGAUCGAACGACAUGAAAUCUGACGCGGAGAUCAAGGCGGUAGCCUCUUCAGGCGAGGAAAGCUCCAACAAGCUGGCUGUCUUGCCUUAUGUAUCUACAUUGGUGCUAUUGGUUUCCAUCCUUGUGACCUGUUUUGUGUUCUAUGCUCCAUUGACAUAUGGAAACAAGGGUCUCAGUCCCGAUGAGAUCGUUCAGAGACAAUGGUUGGACAUCAAAUUGCACUUUGCGAAAUGA